UGGCUCAGAAGGCCUUGGCGGCGGGAACUGGCCCUCUCGGGAGGGCCGUCCUGCUCCUGCCGCCCACACGGGGCCUGCAGGGCAGGCAGCGCUCUAGCUGGCUUGCUGGGCGGCCGGGAGGGCAGGCGGCCAAGGGGCAUCCGUCGGAGCGGGGGGAGGCCCCGAGGGCCUCGCGGCAUGUCUGGCUGCUGCAGAGCCAGCGCAAAUGCUCAGUCCAUGUACGGAGCGGGUCGGUGUGACCCCGAGGCUCUGCUUUGCUCUGCUUUUACACGUUAAACGCUCUGCUGUCUCGAGGACGAUGUUCAGGCUCAGUUGGGUUGGGGGAGAGAAAAUGCAGUGGAGGAGCUCGCGCCUGGCAGACCCUCCUUGGUCCCACCUCGACCAGGAAGCAGCAGAUUCCAGCGAGCGGUGGGUGAGCCCCGGGUGGCUCAGCUGGAACGAAGCUUCUUCGCAAGAGCAGCUGUCUUGGAGCUGUCUCCCUGCCUGGGCGAUGGAGUCCUUGGCCGCUGCAGGCAAACUGCAGGAGCACAGCACUGCUGCUCUGCUCGAGCCAAGAGGAGCCGCUUCUGGCCCAUGAAGCUGCUGGAUGUCACAUGGCGGGCCUGGUUUGUCCCGGACUGGGCGGCUGCAUCGCUGUCCGGCGCCUGCUGUGGAGCUUGCCCUGCGCCCGCUGCGAGAGCACCAGCGAGUUCCUCCGAAGGGGUGUCUGCGUGGGCUGCAGCUCGCCAUGGUCCGCUCCUCUGGCCAGCCUCUGUGCAGGGGCAGCGGUCGAAUGGCAGUGGCUUGGAGGGGCCGUGUGGCUGGGCUGCCACUCACUCCUGCCCAGAACGGAGAAGUGCCGUGAGGUGUGAAACAGUUCCCCUAGCCUUCCACCGAGCUUUGCGACACCUGUGUGAGAGAAGCCAGGCUUGCCCCCAUAUCGCGGGCCGUGGCAGAGGUGGCAGCUUCACUGAGGUUUGGGCUGAGAACAUCUGGCCCGCAACAUCUGGCUGGCAUUCGGACACAGGCACUCCCUUGUGUGCCGGUGGGACGCAUCCCUCUGUUUGUCAGCUUACCCACCUCUGUUCUGUUCUUGAUGAGAAGACGAACCCACGAGAUCAGGGACCCCUGGGAUGCCUUUGCCACCACGGAUCCUGGAUCAGCCAGAGCGCCUGCUCACUUUGGCUGAACUCCUUCUGCUGUAGUUGAGGAAACUCGUUUUCACUCCCUGGAGCGUGUUCCGGGUGCGUUUUCAUGGAGGAGUCCGUGUGGGCCACUGGGCACACUGAAGAAUUCCGGGAGAAGAUCAGCCUGCGCUUGAAAGCUCGCGGCAAAGCCUUUGGCUCUGGGCCAUGAGGAGCGAUGGAAGGCCCUGAAAGACAUGGGGUGGCACAGGAUGCGGAACCUGCAUCGUGGACAAGAAGCUCCUGAGUGCUGAGAAACAAAAUGGUUUCCCACAGGCAAAGGCAUCGGGCAGGGGGUAUUUUAUCUCCCCAUUUGCUUAACCUGCAUGUAGAACAAGCCACAGGGAAAGCUGCACUAGGAUCAGAGCGAGGAAUGAGGAUUGGUGAAAGACACAUCAGUAAUUUAAGGCGUACAGGGGAGAACUAUCACUGGCCGAGAGCAGCCGCAGAUUGAGGAGGCUUCUCAUGAACUUGAAAGACGCACCUGCGGAAGCAGGACUGCGGCUGAAACAUUCAGGAAACAGAAAUCCCAACUACGGACGAGUUACGGAACCGUCUUGUUGACAAUGGAGAAAUUUACAUGGUGAAAGAUUCUAGAUUUAACAACCUGGGUGUGCUCCACGUGACCAAGAAAAACAUGAUGGAGGUCAUCAAGGACAAACUGCAGAAGCAGAAGAUGCGGAACCGGCUGCAGCCCCUGACAGAGGCGGAGCAGGAGGCCCUCGAGCAAGAGGCCAAGGAGCUGAAGAAGAGCAUGGACCUCAGCAUCGUGCGCCUGCGCUUCAGCGCCUUCCUGCGCGACAGCAACGGAAACUUCAGCCUGGCCCUGAAGCCAGUCAUCUCGGACCCCAUCCACGACAGCAAGUCUCCCGGAGCAUCCAACCUGAAGAUCUCCCGGAUGGAUAAGACGGCGGGCUCGGUGCGAGGCGGGGAUGAGGUGUACUUGCUGUGUGACAAAGUCCAGAAAGAUGACAUUGAGGUGCGCUUUUACGAAGAUGACGAGAAUGGCUGGCAGGCCUUUGGGGACUUCUCCCCCACCGACGUGCACAAGCAGUACGCCAUCGUCUUCCGCACGCCUCCCUACCACCAGGCCAAGAUCGACCGGCCCGUCACCGUCUUCCUGCAGCUGAAACGCAAGCGCGGGGGCGACGUGAGCGACUCCAAGCAGUUCACCUACUACCCGGUGGUGGAAGAUAAGGAGGAGGUGGAGCGGAAGCGCAAGAAGACCCUGCCGCAGUUCCCGCAGCACUUCGGGGGCGGCGCGCCCAUGGGAGGGGCUGGCGGCGGUGGUGGCGGCUCCGGCGGAGCCGGGACCCCCUGGCACUCCUCCGGGUACAGUCCGUACAGCAGCAGCGUCUACCUGCCUGGAACCCAUCCCGCGGGCAGCUACCAGGGUGGCAGAGGCAUCCGGAUGCCUGGCAGCGCCGGAACGGGAGAUGGGGGGCACGAGCUCCCGGAAGAUGGGAACCGCGUCUGCCUGGAGGAGAGGGACUACAUGCCGCUGCUGCAGCACGCCCAGGCCUGCCGCUCGUGGAUGCUGGGCCGUGCCCGGCGCAGUGCCCAGGCGCUGCUGGACUACGCGGUCACUGCCGACCCGCGCAUGCUGCUGGCGGUGCAGAGGCACCUGGCCGCUUCCCAGGACGAGAACGGCGACACGCCUCUGCACCUGGCCAUCAUCCACGAGCAGACGGCCGUGAUCGCGCAGCUGGUGCAGGUGGCGGUCAGCAUCCCCCAUCAGCGCGUCAUCGACGUCGUGAACCACCUGCAGCAGACGCCCUUGCACCUGGCGGUCAUCACCCGCCAGCCCAGGGUGGCCGCCUUCCUGCUGCAGGCCGGGGCGGACCCUACCCUGCUGGACCGCUAUGGCAACUCGGCGCUGCACCUGGCCCUGCAGCUGGACGACGAGGAGAUGCUGCGCACCCUCCUCUGCCACCUGGGCUCCCACACGCGCCGCCUGCUGGAGACCCCCAACUUCCUGGGCCUCUUCCCGGUCCACCUGGCCGUGAAGUGCAAGAAGUUCGCCUGCCUCGAGCGGCUGGUCGAGAAGGGCGCCAACGUGAACGCGGCCGAGUGGCAGAGCGGGCGGACGCCUCUGCACCUGGCGGUGGAGAUGGGCGACCUCAACCUGGCCACGAACCUGCUGUGGAAGCUGGGAGCCGACGCAAACGCCCAGACGUCCUCCGGGAACACCCCUCUCCACUUGGCAGCGGGCCUGGGCUCCCCCAUCCUUACCAAGCUGCUGAUCAAAGCAGGAGCAGAUGCCCUGUGUGAGAAUGACGAGCCCGCCGGGGCUUCCUCGUCCGACACGAGCAGCGACACGGACGCGGAACCGGACGAGGAGGGAGCUGCGGAGGUGUGGGCAGCCUGUCCUGGUGAGCGGGACAUGGACGCACCCGACCCGCGUGGCGUGAAGCGGCGCCGGGGGCACACCCCGCUGGACCUGGCGUCGAGCCCCAAGGUGCGGGGGAUCCUCCUGCAGGCCUCGCGGCAAGGCCCAGACGCUGCGCAGACGGUGGUGGCCGCCACUCCUCGGCCAGGGGACCUCCUGUCUCUGAGUGACAGCACCCUGCAGAGCCUCGAGCAGCUGCUGAACCAGGAACGCCACGGGGCCGACUGGGUGGAGCUGGCCAAGCGGCUGGGUCUCGGCAGCCUGGUGGAGAGCUACAGGGCGGCGGCGUCUCCCAGCCGGAAACUGCUGCUCGGCUACGAGCUGGCCGGCGGCAGCCUGAGGGGCCUGCUGGAGGCGCUCGAGUCCAUGGGGCUGACCGAGGGGGCGGCGCUGCUGCGCGGCCCGGAGGCACUCGCCAAGCUGCAGAGCACAGAGCUGAAGGAGGACAGCGCCUAUGGGAGCCAGUCCGUGGAGGAGGACCCGGCCGAGCUGCCGGGGAAGCUGCAGCCGCCUCCGCCCCGCAGCCAGCAGGAGCAAGUGCACUGAGGCCGCCCCGGGGCCAGGGUUCCUGCGGCAGCGGCAGAGCCGCGUGGCCCCAGCCGGCUCCCGGGGCAGCAGCUGGCCUGCCGAAGACAGGACUCCGCUGGCCGCCGGCUGCCCUCUUGCCCCGAGCCACACGUGGGAGAAGUGUGCCGCGGGACCCGUGCUCGGCCUGGGCCACGUCGGCCGGCCGGCCCCGGAAUGGCCCUCGCAAGCUCCCGGGAUUUCUGGCGGUGCGGCUGCCUCGCGAGCCGCCGGAGGAGCGCCGUUCCGGGCCCCUCAGUGCCUUGCAAGCCCCUUCCAGUGGCCGCCUCCUGGGCCCGGGGCCUCGCCCCCCCCCCCCCCCGUUUUGGAGGACUGCUGAAGCGGGUGAGCGCGGCGUCCAGGGUCCUCCCGCCGCCCCGCCUGCUCAGAGGGACCCGCUCCCUGCCGCUCGGACCCUUCCCGCAAGCCCACCACCGCCUGUGCCGCAGCUGCCUCGGGCGCUGUCCUCCGCCGUCCGUUCCGAGGUGCGGUUUUGACGGCUACCCACCAGCAGGUGGUUCAUCUCUGCAUUACUCCAAAGAGAAAAAGGGCAGUUCCUGAAGAUGCCACUGGUGCCUGCAUCAUCCCGCUUUCGUGAGAAACGCCCUGUUCCAGCCCAAGUAGCUGCUUACGCUUGCAUGCCCUAUUUAAAGGAGGGGUCCUCUUUUGUGGAGUGUGUCGUGUAGGACAGGCUAGAGCUGCUAAGGGGGGGUGUGCACAGCAAACGCCCCGGUGAAGGAGCGAGCGAGCGAGCAAGCGAGCAAGCGGCAGCCCCUGGCCUUACGGGCCCAGGCUCGGAGGCGCCUGCGUGGGCUGGUUGCCAGGCUGCUGGAGCUCAAAUGCCUUUGCUCAUUCGACUUCCAAUUUUGUUACUGGAAUACACGAUGCGACUUUUCCUGUUCCUCUCUUGCCCGAGCUCCUCAGGUUUCAGGCAUUUUGUGACCAGGAAAGAAAAUAGGCACAGAGAGGCCAAAGGAGUGAAAUGGCAGGUGGUCUCCUGGGGAAGAUUUCCGGAGGCCCUGGCUCGGAGGCCUGCCUGCCUGCCUGCCACUGCACAGAGAUGCAUCAGUCUGAGGAAAAGUCAAACUUCACUAAUAGAAAACGGUGUUAGAUACACUUAGGUUUUUAAAUUUUGCUAGUCAAAGAUGACAACUUCCCUGGAAGAUCUGAAUUAAACCAUUUCUUACGCUUUCAGCUUA